CCAUCCCACCGCCGCCACUCUCUUCAUCGGAUUCCACACCGAACCAGCAGCAUCCCCUCCCGAUCCAAAAUUCCUCCCACUCUCGUUUUCCCCAACGAGCCAAUCACCACAACCCCGCCUGACCAACCCCUCGUCCCCGUACGCCGUCCUCGAUGCCCGAUCUGGACGCCUGAAGCUCCCGCGCGCUUCCCUGCCCGAGUCGCCAGGCCAGACUCCCUCGCCCUCCUCCCUUGCUCUCCCUUUCUUCCUCCAUUUCUCUCUCUCACUUCUCGAUCUCUCUCUGUUUUGAGCAGAGCACCCCGCCGUCAAGGACGCCAAGUCUCUCCCCGUGCUCGGCAUGUCUUGAGCCACCUGAAGUCUUCCUCCUCGUCCACGCUGCUCCAGCAAGCAGUACCAGGCCGCCGCCGCCCGCGCUCCGUCUGCCCCGCACCACGCUCCGUCGUUUCCCGCAGCAGACCCUCGUCCGCAUCGCCGGGACCGCUCCAAGGCCACCGUUGUCCUCUGCUCAGGAACGAGCUCCAUCCGCCGCAGCGCCCUACAUCGCUCGAAGCCGCCCCUGUGCUCCCGUCGAACCUGCAGCCGACACCUCGUUCUACAGCCAUGGCGCCGCCGGCCUCUCUCGCGCCGUUGUGCCUCCUCUUCAUCGAAUCAGAAGGGAACGGCAUGGCCGCUGUCAUAGUUCCGUCCGCAACCGGAUCUGGUGCCGCCGCACCUGCAGGUCGUCGCCUUGACAAGCUCCGCCGCCUGACCUCGGAACGGCCAGGUCCGGCCGGCCUCCGUCAGCUUCGCCGUGCGCCAAGUUUGUCGCCGUCGUCCGAAGCCUCGCUGCCGGCCUCUACUUCUUCUGAUUCGAGCGCGAGGAAGAGCAAUGCUUGCCCCUCGUUGACCCUCUGGUUCGACGACCGAGCCAACGCACGCGUCGAACUGCGUCCUGCCGCGUGGGCCGCUUCCAGCGCCCUCCUGGCCUCGUCCCGAUUCCAGGCCCAGCUCCCUGUCGGCCCUCCUCUGCGUUGCCAACCGGGCCGAAGCCCAUGGGUGUGCUUCUUCGGGUUGGUUCCGAUAACGUCGCGUUUGUGAGGAUCUGUUCGACAACGUCCG